CCGAAGGAACUUCAGUCUUCAGUAUCGCGCCGGACGCUGGUCAGGUGCCUCUGUAUUGCUAUUUUGUCAGUCUAUCAACAAAAGAAUGAACUCCCGUGAUGAUUAGCAUGAUGAGGAAUUAGCUGGGUGAAGUACAUGUGGAGAAUUUUUUGUCCAUUUCGUUUUGUCCGGCUCGGAAUUUACCUGAGCAGGUUAAGAGGUGAACAGGUAGCGGGACACGCGUCGCCAUGGGUUACGAGUGUUGUGGGGCUCUUCAUGUGUAGUGGAAUUAUUUUUAUUACUGCGUUUUUGGGGUUUCCGGUGGGAGGCUGAUGGAUACCGGAUUAUGAACUCGAGACUCGCGAGGAUCCACUCGUGCUCCGGCGAUAGAUACCUCCACACUGAAUCCAAUAAACCACUCCCGAGUUAAAUAAUUCAUGGAUGUCAUUGGGAGUGACUUCAUAUUUCCGGAAAUAGCGGCAAAUAUUUGUGAGCUCGCAAAAUAUUCAUUCGGGUGGCGAAAAAUUGAUAACCAAUCGCUGAAAUGAGGAGAAUUGAAUUAUUUUACGAGGCGAUCCUAGAGGACUCGGAGAUGACGUCGAGGUCAGCAAGUUGUGGGUCACGAUAUACAGGUAUAAUUCUCCUGCUCAUCAGUGUCUCUCUCGUCGAAACCCAGCCGUCGUCCUUGGAUUCCCACUCCUCAACAUCAGGAAACAGUACAAUCUUACAUAAACCGAGAGACGAAGGCAGCGCGCCUUCAUCAGCCUUGAACGAUGGUGAGCGUAAACUGCCUUUCCAAUCUUCCCCAACUCCCUCCAGUGAAUGGAUUAACAAUUCACCAGCACCGAGGAUCAACAAAGAGCAACAUUUGCCGAGUAAUCAGGAGGCAGUGGAGGCCUCCCCCGACGCCGACCUCCAACCCAUUCCCGAUAUCGAUCCCGAGAGGGUUGCUAAGCCAGCUGAACCUCCCAAGAAGCACUUAAUCGAGAAGCUAAUUGCCGACUCUCAUACACGAAGCGAAGAUAAUUCUCCGAUCAUCAAAAAUGCGAAGCCACUUCCAAUUCCGGAAUUCAGCGAGAAAGACGAAUACCCAGAUCUCGACGAGACCGAGAAAUUUGGUGAGAAAGAGCCGACGACUCCAAAGCCAAAAAGCGAUCAGGACGAGAUGAUCUCCCUGAUCAACGACACGAACGUCAACUACAAGGGGAUGAAGAAGGAGCGAGUGGACGACGUAAUAACAAAGAGCCUGAAAUUAACACAAGAGAACGCGACGAAUAUCAUCUCCCGGGAGUCCGAUAUGGCGCCCAAAUCAAAGGAUCCAAAGUCCCAGGUGGAGAUCCUCAAGAACACCACCUCGACAAAAGUAAUGAGAAUAGCCGAAUCGGAAGAGGUCGACGAGAAUAACGAGACGUCUACAUCGCUAUCAAUUCAGCCGGAACUUUCAAACAAACCGAUGAAAAAUAUCUCCGAUAAUAUUCAUGAAAACCUCGACCCGGAUGUUGACACCGUCUCGAAGAAGUUCCCCUCCGCCGAAAACAAAACCCUCUCCGGAGAAAACAGUACGGAUACAAACGAGCGAAGUUCCUCCCCCAGGGGUCGUACAAUAUCAUUCAAUAACAGCAAUCAAUUCAGUAAUGCCGAGGGAAAGGGGGGAGGCUUGACAAAGGAGAGCGCUGAACUGGGAUUCACAAAAGACUCCAGACCGUACCCUUACUUGAAAAGUAGUCCAACUAAUUCUGUGAAUACAAGUAAACCCAGGGUUUCCCCCGAGGAGAUAUCGCCGCUGGAGAAUACUAUCGGAAGAAGCUCUGAUGACAAGAAGCUAGUGAUAACAGAGCCUUCUGUUGUCAUUGAUAAUAGCAUUCAGCAGCUGAAACCGACCUACUACAAGAGAUCGGGAAACUUCUCUAAACCGAGUGAAGCUGACACCCCGACAUCUCUAGCUCCGUCUCCAGUGGAUCUGAAGACAUCGGAGACCACCGAGAGCUCCAAACCAACAGCCUCUGCUGUUUUAGAAAGCACUAGAGACCCGCGGGAUGAAGUACUCGAGAAGAAGAAUACUCUGGACGAGAGUGUCACAGACGUUAAGAAAAAUACCACCGAGUUACUAGAAUCCAGAGCAACUGAACCGAAUUUGGUACAAAAUACAACGGAAAUACCCCAAACUUCAGUGGAAAAUGUGACUACCGAUCAGACGAGUGUUUCAGGCCCAGUACUCAAGUACUCUCCUUUGAAUAUCACCGAGGGCUCCACCAAACCUUCUGAAUCAUCGCCGACAGCCCUCGAUACCAAUUCCCAAGGAUCCUCACCACAACCGUAUUCCUCAUCUCCCUCAACUACUGUCGAGGAAACUUUAGGGACUACUGUCGAGGAACUUGGCACAACUCCCCUAAUCCCCGAGACAAUUUCGUCAGUAACUUCGGUAACACAGAGAUUACCGGAUAAGACUGAAUCGGCAAGUGUUGGUGGUCGUGGAAUUGACACUGAGUCAACAACUUCAGGGGUUGAGUACGAGUUCAUUGGACUCACUGAGACUACAGCAGUGAGUUAUUCAGCUAGUUCAGAGGGAAUGGGGACAGAUGUCACGGAGUUUGGAUCUAGUUUGGGGGGAGUUUCUUCGACUGCCUCGACGAUUGAUUCGACUAGUUCAAUUAUUCAGGAUUCAACGGAUUCUGGACGUGUCAGUGAUACCUCGAUAAGAGAUGUUGAUGAAUCGACGACAGAUCCUACGACCGAGACGACUACGAUGAACAGUGAGACAUUGGAUACAACUAGUCAUACGACAAGUGUUGACAUUUCUGAGACUGAGGGAACUACUGUUAUGCCGGAGGAGACGACAUUCGUUGAUGUCACGAGCCAGAGCAACUCCGGGGAUUCUCCUGAUUCGAUGGAUUCAUCGACUGUGGGUCAUACAGUCCCUGAAAAAAUGAAUACUUCGGAUGCUGGGGAGUCGUCUACUGUGACAUCCACAUUUUCCUCGGUUACUGAGACGGAGACUCACGACCCCGGGGAUUCCACGACUAUUACGAAUACUGAGGGGGAUGGGAGAGGGGUGAGCGAACAGCCAUUUGCCCCGGAGGAUGUCAAUCUUCUUGUGAGAAUUGUCGUCGAGGGUACUUGGAACGAAGUGUGCCCACACUUGUCUGCCCUGAGGCAGUCACUCGCUGAUCUGUUGACUGCUGGAGUAGAGAAACCUGUCGCUGCUAACCAGAUAAUUUUCCAAAAAAAUCCGUGCACUGAUGGAGCUUCACAGCAAUAUUCAGCGGAAUUAGCCCUUCCAACGUUAUAUCUGUACGUUGUAGAGCAAAAUGGAAACUUUGAUACCUCAAUGACAAGAAUCCUCCCCAGUCUGUAUAGCAGAACGUCCAUAAAGUCCCAACUGAACAUCCGGAGUUUCCAGUUGGUUCAAGACACAGACUCUGGAAACGCGAUAGCCGUGGUUGUGGUUUCCUGUGUGGCUUUCAUUUGUCUCGUUCUCCUGGCCGGCCUCCUGUUCAUAAUGCGGAAACGGCAAACGAGGUUCAACUACGGCGAGAGAUGUCGACCAGUCUCGUUGGAUGCAUUCAGCCUCGAUAGUGUAUCGGCCUACAACAGUGUGAGACGAAAAGGCGCCAGCAGAGCAUCAAAGCGCAGUUAUGGAAAUCCAACUUUUGAGGAUUCGACUGCCGUUCCAUCCCACCCCCUGAAUUUCUCAGGGCUCUCGACCUUCUGCAAUGAGCAGAGCGCAAUCUACGAGGAAUACUCCGGCAUUCCCCAGGUAUCAGCCAGAAUAGACGAGCUGCCCCCCGGGGCAGAAGUGAAAAAUCGCUUCGCGAAUGUGGUGCCUCUCCCCGAGACUCGCGUCCCCCUUGCGAAGAUCAACAACGAUCCUCUGUCGGAGUACAUCAACGCAAGCUAUGUACGAGGCCCGAAAAACGCGACCAAGUAUUACAUAGCUUGUCAGGCACCUAUUGAGUCAACUGUCACCGAUUUCUGGAGAAUGAUCUGGGAGCAACAGUCGAAGGUCAUCAUAAUGCUUACUGAUCUGAUUGAGAAUGGAGUGGAGAAGUGCGCUGAGUACAUUCCACCUUCCGAAAUCACUGAUUGUCACAGACUCUUUGGAGAUUAUCAAGUCACUUUGAAAAAACGCGAGACCAAAGAAAAAUAUGCCAUCUCUACCCUUCAUCUCAAGAAUUUGGAAAAUAAUACGUACAGAGAAAUAUCCCAUAUCUGGUACCUCUGGCCAGCGAAUGGGGUCCAGACAGACGCAGCUGGAUUAAUAGCAGUUCUGUUGGAGGCCAGAGCACUCCAAAGGGGUGGCCCAGUGCCAAUAGUCGUACACUGCAGUCCUGGGACAGGGAGAACAGGCACCCUAAUUGCCUUGGAUCUUGGUAUCAGACAGUACGAAAUUACGAGGACAGUUGACGUACCGAGGGUUGUCUACACUAUCAGGCGAGAUAGGGCUGGGGCUGUUCAAACGAAGGAGCAAUAUGCAUUCAUAUACAAGGCUUUAAACCUCUACGCGACAAAACUCGCUGGUGGGGGCAUCGAGUCCACCUGAUAUUUGAUGAAAUUGGGAGCGAGGAGAGCCGAGAGCUUGAGCUAGGCAACGAUCUAAGUCAAUACUAAAUAACGAAUUAAAUUAACUGAUGGGAGAUAUCAAUCUGACAGAUGAGGUGUUGGACAACAGGUUUGGGGAGACACUCAUAGAGCAAGCCAAAUUGUUAGUAGUAUUGUCAACUAUCUGUGACAAUUUGAUAUUUUAAUUAUAGGAAUUAAAAUUAUAAGUGAUUGUAAGAGUCGGUGGUGAAGUCCCGGAGAACUGAAUACGAGUCCAAUAUUCCAGCUGGAUGAAUAAACAAUUGUCAAUUUAUUAACGUAGGAAUGAGAAGAAAAGUAGACAGAUUAUCUCACCUUGGAAAACAUAAUUUUAUGGUUUAGAAAAUUUUCUAUGGAAAGGAGCAAUUCUUCCGAAAAAUUAGGAAAAUAUUGGUGGAUUGUUCAAGACAAAUUUCUAAAUUUAAACCGUUUUUGGGAACCAUCGAACAUCUUUCCAAGAUAUGCGCAUUUAUUUUUUUCAGGGCUCGUUUUUUGUUCUGCUGCACUCCACAGCCGAAAUAUUCUUUAUACGGAGUAUAAAAAUACAGUAGUAUCGAUUAUAUUCUAUCCAAAUACGUGAGAUUACAACAGUAUGAAAAUAAAUCGACAAAUGGAAAUACCGUCGGCAUAAAAAAAGGAUAAAUUUAAAAUGAAAAAAAAAAAAGUGAUUUUACGCAAUUACGACUUGUUUAACUGUAUCGUUGUUAUUGUUACUGUACAAAAUAUAAUUUCGAUUGAGUAACGGCUCUCUAUUUAUGUACAUAAAAUCUAUGUAUUGAUUUUUACGUUUAAUUAUUAAAUUAAAAAUUGUUUUGUUAAUUUUCCUGGUGAAAACACACAAAUUGUGCAAUUAACGAUGUAACAGGGUGUGUUGGGAGAUCGAGGACAGCUGUCCCGAUUUGCCGGGCAAAAGUAAUAUAAUACACAAUUUCGAUGUGAUGAAAUACUUUAAUAUAGAGAAAUCAAUAUAAUAUAUUCCAUAUACUCAUUUUAUAGGAAACACUCAGUACUGAUAAUGUUCAGUAUUGGAACGUGAAUUACUGACAAAUCUCCAUACGUAAGAGAGCAAUUGAGAAAUUAUAAAUACCCUAGAGGUUGGCCAAAAUGUCGAUAACAGAGGGCAACUCCGUGAGGGAGUGAUGAAGCGAUGAUGAUUUUUUAUUUUCACGUUUCCAUUUGAUACACCGAGAACUCCCUCCUAAAUUUUUCCCAAAUUAUUUUAUCUCAUUUUGUCAGGCUAUUCCUCGUCGAACUUCAUCACUUGUUCCGGUAUUGCGAGAAUUAAUUAGUGGACCCAGGUGUCUACUCAUCAAAUAAAUGUAUCUAUGUAUAUAUGUAUGUAAACAAUGACAAUUACUGAAAUACGCACACGAGCGAUAAUUAAAAUUGAAUAAAUGUGGUAGAAAAGAGA